AUGCCAAUUGCAAGUGCCACAUCUGCAACGGCUAUUCAGUUCUUCAGAUCCAUCGUUUUCCAUUUUGGUGUUCCUCACAGCAUCAUCACAGACAAUGGAAGCAACUUCAAGGAAGCUGACUUUCAAGACUUCUGUGAGCAGAUGGGGAUCCGAAUCAACUACGCUGCAGUCGCGCACCCGCAGACAAAUGACCAGGUCGAAAAGGCCAAUGGUCUGCUCACUGAAGGCAUGCAUAAAAGGUUGAUGACACCCUUGCGGAGAGCAGCUGGCGCGUGGGUCGAAGAACUCCCCUCGGUACUCUGGAGCCUUCGAACUACACCAAAUUCUUCCAGGCAGUUCACCCCUUUCUUUAUGGUGUACGGGGCAGAAGCAGUGCUGCCAUCUGAGGUGAGGUAUAAUACACCUCUGGUCGCAGCAUACGCCGGACCAGAUUGCACAGAAGGUAUGGAAGAUUCACUCGACGCAACAGAUGAGGCAUGCGACAUCGCCCUCGCUCGGACAUAA